AUGACCUCAAUUCGUCCGAUGGAACUCGAGAAGACUCCAUAUACUCAUGAAGAGCCUCUCACUUGUGGUGGAAAAGUGAAGAGAUGGUGCAAAAAGUAUCUCUUGGAAGGUCAGCAUCUCGAUGAGGAUCAGGCUUACAAACUCACCAAUCUUCCUGAGAAUCCAACCUUCGGAGAUUUUAUAUUCAUUAAAUACAGAAAAUUCGUUGCCAUGCUCAUCCCAUUCCUUCUGAUCCAUACUGUUUGGUGGUCCGCUGCAAUUCGCCACAACCUCUUCCAAUACUAUCAUGACUACUGGCACAUGCCAGUUACCAUGGCACUUGGAUCAUUCGUCGGUGGAAUGACUUCUGAAGGAUCUGGAGCUGUUGCCUUCCCAGUCAUGACACUUGCUCUCCACAUCAAACCAGAAAUUGCCAGAGAUUUCUCUUUGAUGAUUCAGUCGAUUGGAAUGACUUCUGCUCUCGUUUGCGUCCUUUUCAUGAGAGUCAAAUUUGAACAUCGUGCUGUCAUCAUCGGAUGUCUUGGAGCAGUUCCAGGAUUUAUUGUUGGAGUCCAUUGGAUUGACCCACUCUUCUCCGGACCACAAAAGAAAAUGCUCUUCGUCUCGAUCUGGACCGCUUUUGCUUUCGCUUUGGGAAUCCUAAACGCUCAAAAGAAGAGAUCCACAUUCCGCGAGAUUCCAGAAUUCUGUGCCUGGAAAGGAUGGGUUCUCUUCUUCACUGGAAUUAUUGGAGGAAUCUUUGACGCUUUCGCAGGAUCUGGAAUUGACAUCUGCAUCUUCUCCGUCAUUACUCUUCUUUUCCGUGUCACUGAGAAGACUGCCACUCCAACAACCGUCGUCUUGAAAGGAACUAUUGCCGUUUUUGGAUUCUACUACAGAGCGGUUAUGAUGGGAGACAUUGACAUUAUGGCAUGGAGAUAUUUCGCAGUUUCCGUUCCAGUUUCUGCUGCAACUGGACCAAUUGGAUCAUUCUUGGGAUCCCAUCUUCAUCGUCAAGUCGUAGCUGGAUUCGUCUACGUUCUUGAGGCAAUUGCUCUCGUUGGAUUCCUUUUCACAAGACCAGCAUGGCAAUUGAUUGCUGUUGGAGGUUGCAUCAUUCUCGGAGGAUUCGUUUUCUUCUCUGCUCUCUCCAAAGCUGGAUCCAUUCUCAUGAACCGCAUCGAGGCUCGUCAACAAAAAGAAGCUCAGAAAAACGGAAUCACAUCAGCUUAUUAA